AAAAAAACUUAGGAAAACUAAAAACAACGGGGAAGAGGCAGAGCUUUAUCUUUUCUCGUUCUGAGCACUGUCUCUUUCUUCCCUGUUCAUUGACUCUUUUUCCGUGCAAGCUCUGCAUUCUCAACACCCGCCCAUGCCACAUGCAAGCAUCACAGAGAGCCCUGCGAUUGUCCCCUUCUUAGUGUUCAAGUUCUACCGAGCAGCCCCUGAUUUCUUGCUUUUCUCCCCAGUGCGUAUUCUGCAGAAAGGAGGCCAAUUUUGGCUUUGAUCAGAUCAUGUGUGGAGAGUGAGAGAUGGCAAUCGAAAGGUUGAUGACUGAGAUUUUGAAUUGGGGGGUUUUAGGACUUCUGCUGACCUCCCCCUAUAAAAGAGGGUUGUUUGCUGAUUGUGGGGGGAUUUUUGGAGUGAGGCGACAGAGAGAAGAGAGAGUUUUCUGGGUUCUGAUAGUAGGAUUUCUUUGUAAUCGAGCAUAUAGAACUCGAAUUCGAAGUUGAAGAAAUAAAAUUUCAUCUGUAAUUCAACUCCCAACUAGCAAUACAAAGAGGAUUUCUAUUCAGCCUCAGCCAGAGAUGAAGAUCUUUUAUUCCGUCGGGAGAAGCUUCAAGAUAUUGCUCAACAGAUCCUCCAUUUUGGUAUCAAGCCUUACAAUAUCUUGCUAGACCGUAAUUUCAACCCCAAGAUCUCUGACUUUGGUUUGGCAAAGCUGUGUUCCAAGGAACAAAGUGCUAUUUCUAUG